AUGACGAAGUAUGUUGGUCUGGCGCUGCUCUCGUUGCUGUUUGCAGCUGCAGAGUGCAACAGCAAGUCUCCACCAGGGAAACCAGUCCUGCUCGACUGCACGUCCCCUGAGAAGGAGACGUUCACCUGCUGGUGGGAGCCGGGCUCCGACGGAGGACUGCCAACCACACAUCGCCUCUACUACGAGAGAGAAAAAUUGGAGGGAACACACGAGUGUCCAGACUACCGCUCAGCAGGGAGGAACUCCUGUUACUUCAACAAGAACCACACCUCCAUCUGGGUCUACUACUACCUGAGCGUGGUAGCUUCCAACGCCCUCGGCAACACCACUUCAGACAUCUUACAGAUAGAUGUGGUGGAAAUAGUGAAGCCCAACCCUCCUCGUAAUAUUACACUGCUGGUAGAAGAGAGAGAGGAAAGUCUGAAUCUCCAUGUGAGAUGGGAGCGUCCCCACAAAACAGACACCCGGUCCGGCUGGGUCACCCCCGAAUAUCAACUAAGAGUCGAACAAGAAAACACAGACAAGUGGAAGGAGUACGAGGCAGGUAGACAAACCCACUUCACACUGUACAGCGUGAAUCCCGGGGUGGUGUACGUGGUCCAGGUGCGCUGUAGACUAGACCACGGCUCCUGGAGCGAGUGGAGCAACACCACCUUGGUGAAAAUCCCCAACAAUCUUCAGAAAGAGAGACCAUUUUGGAUUUUGGUCUCUGCUGUGUCUUCAGUUCCAUUUCUAGCAGCAAUAUCUAUCUUGGUCAUGAAGAGGAAACAUGUGAAGCAGUGUCUUCUGCCCCCUGUUCCUGGUCCAAAGAUAAGAGGAGUUGAUGUUCAACUUCUAAAGAGCGGACGAUCUGAAGACAUCGUCAACGCCCUGAUCACCAACCAGAGCUUUCCUCCUCUGGUGGCCUGGAAGGACCAGAUGGAGGACUACCUGAUCGUGUCUGAAAAGGAUGACAGUCUCCAGUCUCAAAAAAGGAAGAGAAGCUUUAUAAUUCCUGCUGGAUUCCACCUCGACUGUAAGGAGUCAACGCCCGGCCUGAAUGAGUGGGAGAAAGCGAGCGAAAGGAAGGAUGAAAUGGAUAACUUCAUAAACAGUAACAAGUCUCUGCGUGGGGAGAGAUUAUCUAACGUGGAGCCUGCUCAGAAACAUCAGAGUAUAAACACAGAGGGAACAGAUCAGAGUCCGUCCGUCGCAAACAGCAGCUACGUGGACAUUCAGAGAUCUGCAGACUACGUACAGGAGGUGGACUACAGCCGAGUGAAACAGGUGAAAGAUAAGAUCAUUCUCAUCUUUGACAAAGACAACGUCCCGCUCGACAGCUGUGGCGUUCAGGGACAAGAGGAGGAGGUGCUGGACGACUACAGCAGAGUGAAGGAGGUGAUGGGUGACAGCGUGGUUCUCCUCCAGAAACAGAGCGACUCACUUCUUGACUCGUCCUGUAGAGAAAAGGGUAACCACUACACACUCUGCACCAAUCAGAAGCCAGGAAAUACUCAUGUGACUGGACUGGAAAGAGUGGGAGUUUGCACGGAGAUCAUCGACAGCGGAUAUGUGGAUACAAUCCCGCGCCUCCUUUAA